AUGACAGAUAAUAAAUGUCCAAGAUUGCUAUCCGCUUCCAGAAACUUAAAAACGUUCAUAUGGAAUGGCGAGACAAAUACUUUUCUCGGCCGUACAGCUGUGAGUUGGGCCAAAAUCGUGCUCUACUAUGUUGUGUUUUACGCGGUGCUAGCUAGUUUUUGCGCUUGUCUUUUUGCUGUCUUCUGGCAAACCAUUGAUUUGGAGCAACCAAAAUGGCAAUUGCGCGAAAGUUUGAUUGGGACUAAUCCAGGCAUUGGAUUUUGUCCAAUGCCACCAAAAGCUAUAUCCGAUAGCGCAGAUAGCGCAUUAAUUUGGACACAACCAGAAAACAUAGCAUAUUGGUACGAUACAGUGAACAAAUUUCUUGAAGGUUACAUUAAUCCAAAGAAUUAUGGAAAUGUCGAUAAAAGCUGUUCAUUCGAUCGUCCUGCCAGUAAAGGUAAAUUCUGUCCAUUUAAAGUAGAAUCAUUAGACAACUGCUCGCCCGGGAAGACCGACCAAAAAUAUGGCUACCCACAUAAGAAGCCUUGCGUGUUUCUGAAACUAAACAAGAUAUUCAAUUGGACUCCUCGAGUCUUCAACGAAACUAGUAUCGAUCAAUUGACCGACGCUGAAGAGAGGGCCACUUAUCGAAGGAUGCCCGAAUGGCUCCGUAAUGAAAUAGCCAUCACUAGCGACGCACAUAAGCGAAACAUGAUUUGGGUAUCAUGCGAAGGAGAAAGACCGCUCGAUGUUGAAAAUAUUGGACCGGUGCAAUAUUCACCGGGACAUGGUUUCCCAGCUUACUACUUCCCUUUUAAGAAUGUAAAAGGAUAUAAACCACCGAUUGUUGCUGUUAAAUUUGAUCAGCCGAAGCUUGGUGUGCUCAUCAGCAUCGAAUGUACGGUCUGGGCUAAAAACAUUUUUUAUGACGUCAAGAAAGCAGGAGGAGGAUCCGUUCAUUUCAAACUGAUGAUUGAUUAAAAUGAUGGAAAAGUUCCCUUUGUACUUUGAACAAUACAAGACGUAUUAA